AUCUCGAGCGAGGAGAUGUACGACAUCUUCGGCAAGUACGGCGCCAUCCGGCAGAUCCGGCUGGGGAACGGUAAGGACACGCGCGCCGCCUACGUGGUCUACGAGGACAUCUACGACGCCAAGAACGUCCUCGACCACCUCACGGGCUUCAACGUUGCCAACCGCUACCUCAUCGUGAUCUACCACCAGCCCGCCAAGCAGUCCAAGAAGACAAACAUCAAGCAGAAGAAGGACGAGAUCGCCAGGCUCCGGGAGACUUACGGGGACAUCUACGACGCCAAGAACGCCGUCGACCACCUCUCGGGCUUCAACGUCGCCAACCGCUACCUCAUCGUGCUCUACUACCAGCCCACCAAGAUGGGCAAGAAGACCAACAUCAAGCAGAAGGAGGACGAGAUCACCAGGCUCCAGGAGAAGUACGGCAUCGGCUCCAAGACCCCUUCGUCUUCCGACAUGUAAUUGAGCCGUUUCCUAAGCAGUGUGCGUGUAUUGAGAAAUCCAGAAUAACUGCUUAAGCAGCUGUGUAAUCGGUUGUGUAGCUUGUUCUCUUCAGUAGGUUCUGUUCAUGUUUGUUGCAUAUCCAUGAAUAUGACUGGUAAUACUUUCCAAUCGAAUUUGAUACUUAAGCUGGUUGAUAUAUGUUGACCGUAUCAAUUAUCCAGUAAAUUGCGGUAUGCAUCUCCAGUGA